AAGUGUUAAUGAAAAUGGUAAUAUUGUACUUGCCUGUAGACAGUCUGUAAUGAAAAUCUGAAAACAAUUCAUAAUGAAAGUUUUUAAUACUUGAUAAUAUGUUUAGGUUUUGGUGAACACUUUAUUUCUAUAUGAAUGUGACAGUUGUCUUGCAGAAUUGGGAGAAAAUGCAAUCAUUUAUAAUAUUACAGCUUUGUUAAUAUUUCUAAUAAACUUUAAAUUUAUUUCUGGUCCUAUAAGAUCAAGAAUUUUCAAGCACGUUGUUUAAAGUAAUUAAAAUUUUUUUAACUUGGUAGUAGAUCAUUAAUCAGUGUUUAACCACAUGAAAUUAAGUUGGAGCCAAAAUGUAUAUAAGAAGCAAAUGCGAUAGUGCCAAAUCUAAGCAUAAAUUUCUGGAUCUAAGUUGAUGUACACAGGGAAAAAAAAUGACUUCAUUUAUAUUCCUGUGAGUCAUGCAUUUAUAACUGAGUGGUAAUAAUUCUGCUUGAAGUUUGAAGUAUGACCUGUUUGAUGUGUUAUGUGGCCACCCAAGUGGCUAUAUCUUUAAUUAAAUUCCUUUAGUCUUCAAAGAGAAUUCCUUUUUAGGCAUGGUUUUCAAAGUGGAAGGAGUUCUAGCUAUAAACGUUAUUGAGUACAAAGUACUGAGCUUACUGUACCUUUGUCAUGCCAAUUACUGCAAUGUUUUCUCCCGCAAAUUGAGAGUGCUCAUUUGUGGCAUAAAGAAAUCUUGAAAACACGACAGAGUAUUUUGUGUCUUCCAGUAGUUCCUAUAUUUUUGAGGAAUAAAAUUAUAUCAAAGUAAACUCUCUCAUUACUUUUAUUGAUUUAAUUGGUUUAGUUGACUUAAUUUAACUUUAUGAGUUACAAAUUUAGAAACUUUUAGGCCCCGUAUAUUUUGGUAAUGUUUGAAAGAGCUGCUUAGAUUUUGCUAAAGGAAUUCAUCUUUUUUUCCUACUCGUUCUCUGUUGUUAUAAUGGAUCAGCUAUGUGAAACACAUUAAAGUUGUAAGUGUGGAAAUAAUUUAAUAUUUGUCUCUGCUUGAGGGUUCUCCCCCUCUCAAAAUGCUGUUGGUAGUCUUUUUACUUUCUUUUCAGAUGAAUCUGUCUUGUUUGUUAUGCUUUUAUUCCUAGUUUAUGUUACUGCAUUGAAGAGAAUUGGGAUUAUCCAGAUUUCAACUGAAAGAGUAAAUUUAAUGUUCAGGGGGUAGAUGUUGAUAUAUUUCCUAUGGACUAUAUGGAAUAUACAUAUACAUGCUAGAAUGUAAGUCGUAGUCAGAUCUGGAGUAGUAUUUUAGGGGAUGGAAAAUCACAUUUGGCUUUUAAUUUUUAAUAAUGUUCAUUCUCAGGAGGAAGGAUGGUUCUUAUUUAGAUUGUCUGCAUUAUUAGUUUCAACUCUGGAGAUAGACUAGAUUAGCAAACUUUUGAUUUUCUUUAGACCGUAUGCCAAAAAUUACUUGGUAUAUGUGAUCUGCAUAUUAAUUGUAAAGACGUUGUUACUAGUGUUGGAUCAACUCAAUAAUUAUUGAUAUCAUAAUUAUCUCACUAUGUACAUGCAGCAUUUGAGGGAUGGCAUGAUGGUAUUUACUAUAUCUCAUAAUGUUCAAGGGAUCAGAUUGCAUUUACUUAAUGCUAAAUUCAUAAAUAAGUGUGAUUUAUUUGUAAAUCUUAAAAAAUAAAGAUUAAGUCACUAAUGGAAGCAUUUUGGAGACAACAGGGCAAGACUUUAUAUGUAAUAAUGUAGUAUCAGAACAACUGAUUUCUUUCUUAAUUCACAAUGAAUGUUCUUUGGAUUACAUUGUAGACACAAAAUUAGAAUUUAUAGUAUGGGCUUAACUUUAUAAUCACCACAAGGAGUGAACUUUGGCUUGUCUUACUGAAAUUUUCUCUGUGGUUGGUAAUUUUUAUGAUAACUUCUAAGAAAAUGUAUAUGUAUUGAAAUCUAGACUUUUUGCUAUAGGAUUGUUUACUUGGUGGAUUAUCUGUAACAGUUUUACAAUGGAUUGGUUUUGGCUGUUUUUUGUUUUUGUUUUCUUGCCACCCCUAAAAUUUCUGGGCUGUGGAUGUGCUAAGGAAUUCUUAUUAUUUAUUUAUUUUUACUUAAAUUGGAAUGCAGGUUGAAAACUCUUGUAAAAACAUGAAAGUGAAGUUCAUGCCCAGGAAAUAUAAUUGACUUUUGGAAUAUCUACAACUAUGGCCUAUUAACAGAUAAUCAAAAUAAUCUAUCUGGUUGCUUACUUUCAAAGGGUGAUACAGUUUCUUACAGUUUUGCUUCUUAAGCCCUGUUAGCUUACCGUUUUAGUUUCUGUAUGUUGUGGUUAAGGAAGUUUGGUUGUUUUUUUCUGUUUUAUUCUUUCCUGUUUUUUUGAAGUCCUAUAUCAUGGACUGACUAAAUUCUUUUUAGAGCAGGGACCUAUUUUGCUUUAGUAUCUUGGGUGUAUACAAAAUAAGUAAUCAUCAAAGAUGAUAGUGAUGCCGAGAGUAAAUAGAAUACAAUAUUUUAGCAGCUAGAAAGAAAUUUCUUAGACUUAGGUAAGAUCCAGAUACCAUUUUUUCCACCCAAUAUAUGCAUAAUUAGAAACUGAAUAAUUAGAAACCAGAAUAAUUAGAAAUUGAAUAUUCAUAAGAAGAUAAAGAUGUUUGGAAAACUCUGAGGAUUUGCCUUUUUCACAUUCUUUUUGUAUAACCUCAGCUAUUAUAGGUGCCUAAAAAUACUAAAGAAUAUAUUUGCCUAAGAACUUUGAGACUGAAAUAUUUUAGUUAAUAAUUUAUUCCUAUUUACUUUAGGGGUACCAUAUACUUCAUGCUGUCCAGUACAGUAAUCCUUAACCACAUGUGACUAUUGAGCACUUGAAAUGUAACUAGUCCAAGUUGACUUUAUGCUAAAUAUAAAAUAAACACUGUAUUUUGAGACUUUAGCACACAUGAAAAAGAAUAUAACAUAUCUCAUAAAGAUAUUUUUAUCCUGAUAACAGGUUGGAGUCAUAAUAUUUUCUUUAUAAUGGGUACAGUGAAAUUAAAAUUUCAUGUUUCUUUUUACUUUUUAAAAUGUCUAGUAGCAAAUUCAAAAUUACAUAUGUAGCUCACAUCAUAUUUCUAUUGGACAGCAAUGUUCUAUACUAAUAUUUCCUAGCCUUAAGACUCCUUUCACAAUGAGGUAUCUUAUAAGCCUAUUCCUUGAAAUUUUUAAAUGAUUUUAUUACUUUGGAUGGUAUUUAUUGAAGAAAUUUUUAUUAAGGGCCUACUAUGUGCCCUACGAUAUUUUAGUAUACAGAAGUGAAUGAAAACAUUCGAUCUUACUUUCAUGCAGCUUUCAUUCUAGUGGGAAAAAUGUGUGAUAAAUAAUUUUCAGUAAAUUUUUAAUGAACUAUUCUGUGGGCUAUUAUAGUAUGUAUAUUGCAUAUGAUAUAAUUUUAAAAUACAGUACUUCAUUUAUUGAAUGACACAUGCUAUUUAAUUUACUUUUGGCAUUUACCUUGCUUUGUGUUCUCUAAAUUUCCUGGAUCUGUGGUUUGAUGUCUGACAUUAAUUUGGAGGAACUCAGUCAUUAUUGCUUCAAAUAUUUCUUCUCUCUUCACCUUCAGUAUUCCCAUUACAUGUACGUUAACACCUUUUAUAGUUGGUCCACACGUCUUGAAUAUUCUGUUCCUUUUUUUUUGUUUCUUUCCUCUUUGCUUUUCAUUUUGUAAGUUUCUAUUGACAUAUCCUCAAGCUCAGAGAUUGUUUUCUCAGCUUUGUCCAGUCUACUGAUAAGCCCAUCAAAGUGUUUCUCAUUCAGUUAUGGUGUUCCUGGUCUCUAGAAUUUCUUCUUGAUUCUUUCUUAGAAUAUCCAUCUAUUUCCGGCUCUCUGCUUACAUUAUACAUCUGUUAUUGCAUGUUGCCUACUUUUUCCAUUAGUGCUCUUAGAAGUCAUAAUUUGUUGUUUAAGUUCUUUUAAAGUCAUGAUCUGAUAAUUCCAACAUUCCUCUCAUAUCUGAAUCUGGUUCUGAUGCUUGCUCUGUCUCUUCAAACUGUUUUUUUGCCCUUCAGAAUGCCUUUUAAUUUCUUGUUGAAAGAGGGAGCAUGACAUACCUGGUAAAAGGGACUUUAGUAAAUGGGUCUUUAGUAGAUGUGGGGUAUAGAGGAAGCAUUUUAUAGUCUGAUGAUUAGGUUUGUCUUUUAGGGAGACUGGGCCCCAACUUCACAAAUGCUUCACAGAUUUUUCCACCUCUUAGGUGGGGUGGGAUGGCUAAAUGGAGCUGGGGUUAGGUAUUUACCUUCCGCCAUAUGGAAGGCUAGUACAGGCUGGAGUUGGAUAUUUCUUUAACUUACUUUUAAGAAAAAGCAAGACUUUUCAACAGAUUUCUUAGAUAGUAAUAUAUGAUCUGUCACUUCUUUAUCUUCAUUUUAUUUGACCUCACUGUGGCAUUUGAUAGAGCUGCCCAUGUUUUUUUAACAUACUUUUAAACACUUUGGAAUCUCAAUUCCAUACACUCUGGAAUUUCUUUCUCUCUCACUAACUGGGCUUCCUUCCUUCCUUCAUUCCUUCCUUCCUCCCUCCCUCCCUUUCUUUCUUUUUAAUGAAUGGGAGUGUGCAUUUUAUUUUUAUUUAUUUAUUUGGCCACACUGUGUGGCAUGAGGGAUCUUGGUUCCCUGACCAGGGAUCAAACCCGUGCCCCCUGCAUUGGGAGCAUGGAGUCUUAACCACUGGACAGCCAGGGAAGUCCCACUAACCUGGGACUUCCAGUUCUCCUUUGUUCGAAUAAAUGUGAGUGAACCCCCUGGCUUGAUCCUGGGCUCCUUUCUCUCUCUGGCUCAUUAUGUUCUAGACAAGUUUGUAAUUUUUGUUCCACAAACACACCGAAUUUAUUCCUGCUUUAAAGCUUUCUAUUAUUGUCUUUUUUCCUUGGGAAGCUCUUACUCCAAAUCUUGGUUAGCUUGCUAUUGUCGUUUCAGGUCUCAGAGCCAGGUGUCACCAACACAGAAGGCUUCCUUCAUCUACAAAUCUAAAUUAACUCCUACUGCAAUGUAGUCAUGCUCUAUUACUCUACUUUGUUUAAUUUUUAUAAAAAUACUAUGCAGACCCCUAUUUACUUCUUUUUUUAAAUUUUCUUAUUUGUGUAUUCUCUGCUAUUUGCUAGAUAGAAUGUAAGCUCUGUGAGAAUAGAAACCUUAUUUUUCAUGCUUACUACUAUCUUUCUAGUACCUAGGAUAAUAUCCCUUACAUACUUCGCAAUAAAUAUGUGUUAAGUGUUGAAUGUUUGAUCUUAAAUCAAAUAUAUAUUAAAUUGAGGUUAAAAUCCAGCUUCUACCAAAAAUAGACAGAACUACAUUUAUGACUUAAUGCUGGCCAUUUCUUCAUUUUCAGCUUUUAAAAAGUCAACUGGUUAAUUUCCAUAUUUUUGGAAAAUUUUUAUUUUGUUUUGUUUUUAAAAGAUGAAAUAAGUUUACAGCUGCCAUUCACAAGCACUUCUCUAUAAAUAACUUGUUGUGGUAUGGAUGGAUUUAUACCCAAAUGAAAACCAGAUGGUCUUAGUAGUUAGUUAUUCUCACUGUCUUAAAUUGGCUUCUGAAAUACUGGAGAUACCCGUUAGAUGCUGUAAAAUAAUUUUAAUCAUGUGGAAUAUAGCUUACGGAACUAAUGGAGCUAUCUUGAGGUGAAUUUGCAGAAUUAUUAUUUUAUGCUCUCAAAUCAGUAUUCCUUAUGCACUCUGCCUCUAACCAGUUGUCUAUUAUGUGUAAAAAUGAAAUAAUAAACAAUUGAAAACAAUUACAAUUUAAAACUGUAUAAUGGUCGAAACCAUUAUUCAGAGUUAACCUGAAUGGUAAACUCAGUGACUUUCAGGAUCAUGCACAUCUGAUUUCCACUAAUUCCUAGACAUAUUAUCUCUGUAUAUUUAUGUCAAAGGCUUCUCAAUUGUUACAUUUUAAAUAGUUGUUAAAUGUUUAUUGUUUAUUUUAAUUUUGAGAAAGUCAUCGAUUUUCUUAUGAAUAAUGUUUUUUGUGUCAUAGCUAAAAAAACUUUGUCCAACCCAGUAUCACAAAGAUUUUCUCCUAUUUUUUUCUAGACAGUUUGUGGUUUUAAGUUUUCCAUUUAGGUCUAUGAUCCAUUCUGAUGGAUGUGACUGUUUUUGUAUGAGGUAUGGGUUAAGGCUCAGGAUUUUGCAUGUGGAUGCCUUAUUGUUCCAGAAUCCUUUGUUUUAAAAAACCAAGUCUUUCUACAUUGAAUUGCCAUUACAUAUUUGUCAGAAAUCAGUUGAUCAUAUACCUGUGGGUCUGUUUCAGAGCUCUCUAUUUUUUCUAUUGAUUUAUGUUUAUUUUGCCAAUCUAUGUUUAUUUUGACUACUAUAAAUAGGUAGUGUGAGUCCUUCAGUUUUGUUUUUCUUCUUGUUUUGGCUAUUUUAGUUCCUUUCCCUUUCCAUACAAAGUUUUGAAUCAGUUUGUUGAUUUAACAGAAAUCCUGCCAAGAUUUUGAUUGGGAUUGUGUUGAAUCUAUAUAUCAGUUUGAGAAUUAACAUUGUAACAGUAUUGAAUAAUUAAUCCAUGAACAUAGAGUGUCACUCUGUUUAUUUAGAUCUUACUUGAUUAUUUUUCAUUGGUGGUGGUUUUUCAGUGUGUAGAUCCUGCACAUUUUUUGUUAGAUUUAUACCUAAGUAUUUCAUAUUUUUAAGCUAUUGGAAUUAAUAUUGUUUUAAAAAUUUCUAUUUCUGGUUUUUUCAUUUCCAGUAUCUAGAAAUAUAAAUGACUUUUGUAUCUUGACCUUGUAUCUGCUACUUUAGUAAACUCAUUAGAUCUAGGAGCUUUUUUUUUUUAUAGAUCCCUUAGGAUUUUCUGUGUAGAAAAUCAUGUCAUCAAUGAAUAGAUGCAGUUAUACUUUUUACUUUCCUGAUUUGUAUGCCUUUUGUUUCUUUUUUCUUCUUCUGUUCCACUGCCUGGGACCUCCAAUGUGAUGAUGAAUAGGAGUGCUGAUAACAGACACCUUGCCUCAUUCUCAAUCUUAAAGUAAAAGCAGUCAGUCUUAUUAACUAUGACAUGGUCUCUAGGCUUUUGUAUAGAUGUGCUUUAUCAGGUUAAGCAAUUUCGCUCCUUUUCCUAAUUUGCUGAGUUUUUUUUUCCUAAUUAUGAACAGAUACUGGAUUUUGUGAAAUGCUUUUUGUUUUUUUCUUUAGUCUUGAUAUGGUGAAUUUCGAUGAUUAAUUUUUUAAAAAUGUUGAACCAGUUUUGCAUUCAUAGAAUAAGCCAUAGUUGGUUGUGACUUAAUUAUUCUUUUUAUAUAUUGCUGUGUUUGUAAUUUUUAUUUUAAAAAUAAUAACUGGCAUAGGUGUUGUUACUACUUAUUACUACUUAAACUUUAGAAUACCUUUAAAAAUUAUGACUUGUUUAUUAAUUCAGUCAACAAAUAUCUAAUGAUUAUUGUGUGCCAGACAUUGUUUGAAGUGCUGUGGAUUAGAACAUUGAAUAAAAUUGAGUUCUUCCCUUAAACUGUAUUACUUCCUAGAAAGUAAUAUAACAUCGAGUUCUGACAUUAGCCUUCUGAGGAACAAUAAAACGUUGUAGGGGAAUGGAGAAUCACUGAAGUGAGGGGCUGAAGCUAUAUUAAAUAAUUAGUCAAGGCAGGACUUUGAGGAGGUGACUGUAGAGCAGAAACAUGAAUGAAGUGAGGGAGUCAGCCAUCUCAUUUGUGGAAAAUUGUUCCAGACUGAGAGAAUUGCAAAUACAAAGUCCCUGAAGCAGGACUUGUUUGAUGUGUUUCAAGAAUAGCACAGAGGCCUGUGUUUUUGGAGUUGGAGAAAGUUGCAGAAGGUGAAGUGGUCAGGACCUGAUAGUGUAGAACUUUGUAGGCUAUAGUAAGAACAACUUUGGAUUUUAAGUAUAAUGGCAACCACUUAUUUUUCACCAAAUGUUUAUUAAGUAUCUGCUUCUCGUCAAAUACUUUUGCAUGUUGAUGACAUAGUAGUUAACAAAAUAGUCAAAAAUCUGGGCAGUUGUAGAUCUUAGAAAUGUUAGUAAUAAAUGUAGUUGUUUAUGUAAUAUGGAGGUAGAAGUGGUAGAGUUUAGAACGAUCAGUUAGUAAGCAUUGUUAUAUACAAUGAUUACAUAUUUAAGUAAUUUUAAAAAAUUGAAAUAAAUGGACCUGUGUUUUAUGUUAAAACUAUGUGAACAGAAUUUAACCUUUUUUAAUUAUAAGAGACAUAGCUAUUUUUUUUGUUUCUUCUGGUUGCAAAGUAGGAAAACUUUCAGGCUAGGGUUUUUAAAAAUAAGAAUACAGUGGGAAUAGAAUACAGAAAAACUUCAUGGAAAUCCUAGAAUAGGAACUGUGAUUUGGCUGGGUCUUCUAGAGUCCAGAAUCCCGAAGUCUUUAUACCCGAGUGUAUUAAUUAUCUAUUGCUAUGUAAUACAUUACUCCAAAAUUUAAUGGCUUAAAACAUUGAUUUCACAAUAUCUGUGUGUCAGGAAUCUAGGCAUGGCUUAGCUGGUGCCUCUGGUUCAAGGUUUUUCACAAGGCUGCAGUCAAGGUGUUGGUUGGAACUGCAGGCAUCUGAAGGCUUAACUGGGGAAGGAUCUGCUUCUCAGAUCACUCACAUUGCUGUUGGCAGGCUUUAGGUCAUUGCUGCCUUUUGGCUGAAGAUAAUAGAUCUUUGUCAUGUGGGUCUUCCCAGCUAACAACAUGGCAGCUGGGAAGACCAUGGUGUUCCUGAGUGAGUGAGAGGGGUGAAAAGGUGUAAGCCACAGUCUCUUUGUAACCUGAUGUUCAAAGUGGCAUCCCAUUCUCUCUGCUGCAUUCUGUUUGCUAGAAGCAAGUCACUAAAUCCAGUCCACACUCAAGAGGAGAGGAUUACACAAAGGCAUGAAUACUAGGAGAUGGGGAUUAUUAAGAUGCUUUUAGAAGCUGCCUCUCAUACCAAGAAAUUAUAAUGUUUUAUUGGGUUGGCUGCCCUUCACAUCCUAAUUGUCCAUGCUCCAGAGAAAUGAAGGUUUCCAGUAAUUAUCUGCAGGAUUCGCCAUGACCCCAGCUCUGAGGGAGGCUGCAACAAAGGGUAUCUGCUUUUCAUCUUUACCAAGUACCAUGGAGUCGGACAAGAUGCUAUGCAUGGAAAGUCCAAGAACUGUAGGUGAAAAGCUAAAAGGAGACACUUUCUCUCAGAUGCUGGGAUUUCCAACUCCUGAAUCUACUCUUAGCACUAACUUUGUGAAUUUAAAACAUUUUGGCUCCCCUCAGUCUUCAAAACAUUACCAGACAGUUCUUUUAAUGAGUUCUAACGCUACGUUAAAUAAAUACAAUGAGAAUUAUAAACAAAAGAAAUUAGGGGAACCCAAUUGCAAUAAGCUGAAAAACAUACUGUGUAAUGGCAGCAACAUUCAACUCAGUAAAAUCUGUCAUUCUCAUUCUGAAGAGUUCAUCAAAAAGGAACCUCUGUCAGAUACCACAAGUCAGUGCAUGACAGAUGUACAAAUUAUUUUGGAUUCAAGUGUUACCAAAGACACUAAUGUAGAUAAAGUACAACUGAAAAACUGUAAGUGGUACCAAAAGAAUGCACUUUUGGAUAAAAUUAGUGACACUGAGAUUAAAAAGGGUUUAUUGCACUGUGCUCAAAACAAAAUUGGGCCUGACCACUCAAAUAUGCCUAUUAGUUGUUCAGCUGCAGAAAGAGAGGAGGAAGUGAAUGCUCGUUUACUUCAUUGUGUAAGCAAACAGAAAAUUUUACUUAGCCAGGCUAGAAGAACUCAGAAACAUUUGCAGAUGCUCCUGGCAAAGCAUGUUGUUAAGCACUAUGGUCAGCAAAUGAAAUUUUCUGUGGAACAUCAGCGCCCCAAAAUGAAGAUGUUUCAUGAACCUACCACAAUUUUGGAUAACAGUUUACCUAAAUGUGCUGAAAUUAAGCCAGACAUCAACAUAUUAACUGCAGAGAAUAAGUUGUGGAAUGAUACAAAAAAUGGCUUUGCACGGUGUACAGCUGCAGAAAUCCAAAGAUUUGCACUGUCUGCUACAGGGCUUUUGUCUCGUGUUGAAGAGGGUCUGGAUUCUGAUGCAACUGACAGCAGCUCUGAUGACGAUUUGGAUGAAUGUACCAUUAGAAAAAAUGUGUCAGUUAACUAUAGUACUGAAUGGAAGUGGCUUGUAGACAGAGCAAGAGUUGGCAGCCGAUGGACGUGGCUUCAAGCCCAGAUUUCAGAGCUAGAAUACAAAAUCCAACAACUAACGGAUGUUCACAGGCAGAUUCGUGCUUCCAAGGGGAUAGUGAUCCUAGAAGAAUGUCAACUUCCGAAAGACAUUUUGGGAAAACAAAUACAAUUUGCAGACCAAGUAGCCUCAUUAAACACUACAGGGAAUCCCCAGCUUCCUCCAGAGAGUCAAGAUCCUUUACCAGAGCAAGACUUUGAAAUGUCACCAAGUAGCCCUACACUACUACUUCGCAAUAUAGAAAAACAGAGUGCACAGUUGACUGAGAUCAUCAAUAGUUUGAUUGCCCCUCUCAACUUGUCCCCAGCGUCAUCACCCCUCUCCUCUAAAUCCUGUAGCCAUAAAUGUCUGGCUAAUGGCAUUUCCAGGAGUGCUUCAGAGAAUUUAGAUGAGCUCUCUUCCUCCAGUAGCUGGUUACUUAACCAGAAGCACAGUAAGAAAAGGAGAAAAGACAGGACAAGAUUGAAAUCUACAUCCUUGACUAUUAUGAGUACAGCAGCUCGAACAAGGCCACUUCAGAGUUUCCACAAACGAAAACUCUACAGAUUGAGCCCUACUUUUUAUUGGACUCCACAGACUUUGCCUUCAAAAGAAACAAGGUUUUUAAAUACUACACAAAUGCCUUGCCUGCAAUCAGCUUCAAUUUGGAGUAGCUGUGAACACAAUUCAAAGUCUCAGAUACUAACAGAACAUGUAUCAGAGUUAGAUUCUUCUUUCCAUUCUGUUCUGUCAUUGCCAUCAGAUGUGCCUCUUCAUUUUCACUUUGAAACAUUGUUUAAAAAGACUGAAAUAAAAGGAGAUCUUGCUGAAAAUAAAUUUAUAGGAGACUGUAUCAUAUCUCCAUCACCUGUACAUAAUACUUCUCCGAAUCAAUGGAGAAAUGGAUAUUCUCCUAUAUGCAAGCCUCAAAUAAGGUCAGAAUCUUCUGCACAGCUGUUCCAGGGAAGAAAGAAAAGACACUUGAGUGAAACAGCAAUAGGACAAAGAACUAGAUUUGAAGAAUUUGCUUUUCAACGUGCAGAACCAGAAUCCCAAAGCAAUUUUACUGCAGUUACUAAUGUCAGUGUUAUAUCAAGAACCCAAAAUUCAUCAUCCCAGAAUACUGCACGACGAAGAUUGAGGAGUGAGAGCUCUUAUGACAUAGAUAAUAUUGUGAUUCCAAUGUCAUUAGUGGCCCCAGCUAAGCUAGAGAAACUCCAAUAUAAGGAAAUACUUACUCCAAGCUGGAGGAUGGUUGUUCUUCAGCCUUUGGAUGAAUUUAAUUUAAUUGAAGAAGAGAUAGAAGAUCUCUCUGAUGAAGUCUUCUCCCUAAGACACAAAAAAUAUGAAGAGAAAGAGCAAGCCAGAUGGUCACUAUGGGAGCAAAGCAAGUGGCACAGAAGAAACAGCAGAGCUUACAGUAAAAAUGCUGAAGCACAGGACUUGCUUUUGAAAGAAUACCCUCAUGACUUUAGUAGCCAGCAGCACUGUGCUGCUGAGAGUCCCGCUGAGCCUCCUUCAGAGAGCCAGGAUCCCAGUACACACGGCUCACCUUCACUAGGUCAGGCUCGAGAGAUCAAGUCUUUGUGGUGGGAACGACGGGCUUUUCCACUGAAGAAUGAAGACAUAGAAGCCUUAUUAUGCCAAGAUGAAAAAAAUGAUCAGAUUCGAAGAUCAAGCCCAGCUUUCCAUGGUGAAGUCUUCUGUACCAGUACACAAGAGAACAGCCACUAUCCAAAAAGGCAGGCAGAUGGAACGGAAGAAUACAAAAACCUUGGUCUAGGACUUACUCAUGUUAAAAAAAACAGGUGACAGGGAAUAGGUUAAAAAAACUAUGUAACUGAACGGGAAAACGGGAGAAAAAAAUACGCCCUGUUCUCCAUCCCCUACCCCCUCCACAGUCACAAUUCCAGAGUAAGAGCAUGUAGUGCAUGGAUUAUUCUUUUAUGCUGUUUAUGAAACAGGCAAGUUAUAUCUCAUUUUCCUUCCUGAACCACAGGAGUAACUAGCUUUUCACCUACAGACAAGUGCUAGUCAUUUGUGUUUGAUGCAAAUCACAAGCACCAGAAAAUUAACUGCUGCAAUUUGAUGUCAGGUCACAUUACUGAGAAAAUAAUUUUUAAACAACUUACAUCCACACACACACACACACACACACACAUACAUAUACACAUAUCUGUGCAUCAAAUGACAGCUCUUCUUUUUUCUAUACACAUGGUUAUUCUUUACAUUGCCGCAGAAAUAUAUUAAUAUAAAAAUGUGUAUAGAGUAUACAUGCAUAAUACAUAUACAAAUAUAAGUAGUUUUAAAAGACACUGGCAGUGACCACUCCACUUGAAAAUGCAUGUAAGAACCCCGUGAAAUAUAAGCUGCACUAUAAAUAAAGAAGCGCAGAUUUCCAGUGGUAUUGGACAUCUAGAAGUCUUCACUAUGCAGAAGGAAAUCUUUCUUAACCAGUAGAAGUUAUUUAUGGACAUUUCUAUACCAGAUAACACAAUUCUCCUUUAUUUGAAAUCACUGAUAUCUGCUGGGUUAAACACAGGUUUUCUAUUCACUCCUAACAGAAUAAGAAAAGCAAAGUAGAGUUAAAUAUUGGUGUAUUUUAAAACUCAACUUGAGUUUUAUCUAUUUUAUGUAUCUCAUGAAGAGAAAACACCCGAUUUAAAAUGAGCAACAAACAGGAAAUUCCUGUUAGUGUAUUAUUGUACUUCUAGUUAAUUUGGUAAUUCCUUACUAUUGCUUACUCUAUUCAAAUAAGCAUCUAUUCUUACUUGUAUCCUAGAGUGAGAAUUAAAAUUCUUAAAAGGUUAAUGCUUCAACAUUGGAUACUGAAGUGUACAUUAAGUAAAAUUCCUUUUCACACUAUUACAUCAGUUUUUUUCUAUGUAAAAAUUGAGGACGAUUUAUAUGAAUCGCUUUUUCUCAUGUAAAAAGGUUAUUCAAGUUGUACCCAUAUGACUGACAAUCCUAGCCAUCUGGCCUAAUCUAGGGGAUCUGACCCUAAGUUUUUGUUAGGGAUUGAAAAUU